UGAGGAGAUUGAACAAGAAACAAAGUGGAGUGCAGCCUGACAGUAUGGGGAAGCGCCCGUUGUUUUCUCUGGCCUCGGUCCUGCUUUCACUCGAGAGAUGGGGCCGCUUGGAAUAUGCAGCACACAAGAGAAAACAUUCCCAAACUCUUCCAACCGCCUCCCCAGUUUCUGCUGGCAGUGAAACAGGGGGAAGACAGGGAGAGGGCAACUCGGCGGCUCAGAAGGCCGUAACGGAAACCAUGAGAUUGCCCUUCUACCACGGGAAAAUCAACAAGGGACAGACAGAGGAUUUAUUGGCAUCUUCAGGCAAGAACGGCAGCUACUUGAUCCGAGACAGCGAGACCGUACCUGGGAGCUAUUGCCUGUGUGUUUUGAAUCAAACGUUUGUUCAUACUUAUCGGGUUUUUGAAAAUUCUGGAACGUGGCAUGUUCAGACAUCAAAAGGAAUUCUGCCUCGGUUUUUCAGCAGCAUUGAGGAACUCAUUUUAACUUACACAAAACCAGACCAAGGUACAGUUGUACCGUUACUGCAUCCAGUGGAACAUAAUGCAUACAAAAUAGGAAGCCACAAUGAAGUUCCUUCUUCUGUAGAUGCACCGGGAGAACAUGAGUACUUGCACAUACUGGACAUCUGACUGCAGCAACAGGACAGUGGAAGGAUCUCCAGCCAAUGAAUGACAAAAGGAUCAUUUUGCAAUGAAUACAUUUCUUCUGCUUGACUGUUACUUUUGUAUAUUGAUUUCUCCAGUCGGUGUUUUGUUGGUUUCACUGUUCUAUGUGCUGGGAAAAAAUGAAAGUGCAGUUGGUGCCCUUCGCUCCAAUGUCAUAAUUUGAGUCCUUUGCUCUUUCUGAGUUGUAAAUACAGAAGGAGGCCAUUUGGCCCACUGUACCUGUGCAGGUUCUUUUAACGAGCUAUUCAAUUAUUCCAAGAGGACAGACUGGUCUUGACUCAAUCAUUCAUCAUGGUUUAUACAUAAACUGGAAGUUAGAUUGCACUUUUUACACCCUCAGAGGUUUGACAGUUUUAAUGAGAAUUUCUGUUUGUGCAAACUUUGAGUAAAGAGUGAAAAUUUU